UAAGCAUUUAUUAGCAUAUAUUCUCAUUCAGACAUGUGAGGGUAUUUAUAGUGUGUGAACUGUGAAGCUAUAUACGUAUUUGACAUUACAUAUUUAAGCAAGAGGAAUAUGAUGCCGUAAAACGCAACAUGGUUAUUUGUUUAUUCGUAAUGAAUCAACUUUCUUUUAUUUUCAAAAAAAAUGAAUCAACUUUCUUUGUAUUAACAACUCAAUCCUUGCUUCGAUAACAGUAUAUAAAAUUUGGAAAAUUUGUUACGUUAAUAUUAUGUAAAUUUUACUUCAGAAAGAGACAGCAAGUCGUGAGGUGGAGAACAUGGAGGAAGUAAAUCAUUGCAAAUAUUCGUACGUAACGAGUUUACUUCAGUCGUCCCCAUGCAAAUUCUCAUGCACGCAAACUUUUCUUUAUAAACCAUUCCAAGUUCACGAUUUAGUCAUCAUCAUCAAAUUACCUAUCAACAAAAAGCAAAUUAAAUCAACUAAGAAAGAACUGAAGAAAGCAACCCAUAACAAUGCUCUUAACCAUGGAAAUUCCAAAAGCUCACUUCUCUUUGGCCAUUCUUGUCAUUCUCUUUGCGGUUUCAAGUAGCCAAAAUGUUGGCAACCCGGCCUGUAAGGCUAAAGAACCCUUCAACUGCGACAAUCCCCUUACAUUCAACCGAACUAGUUUUCCAAAGAACUUCACUUUUGGUGCGGCUACUUCCGCCUACCAGAUUGAAGGUGCAGCACAUAGAGCACUUAACGGAUGGGACUAUUACACUCAUAGAUAUCCAGAGAAAGUUCCAGAUCACAGUUCCGGAGACCUUGCUUGUGAUUCGUAUGAUCUUUACAAGGAGGAUGUCAAAUUACUGAAAAGAAUGAAGGCUCAAGCCUACCGGCUCUCAAUAGCAUGGUCUAGGGUCUUACCAAAGGGAAGAUUGAUAGGAGGGAUAGACGAAAACGGGAUCAAAUACUACAAUAACCUCAUCAAUGAGUUAAAAGCAAAUGGCAUAGAACCGUACGUAACAAUCUUUCACUGGGAUGUUCCCCAAACUCUAGAAGAUGAGUAUGGAGGUUUCUUGAGCCGGCGUAUAGUGGAGGACUACAAAAACUAUGCCGAGCUUCUAUUCCAGAGGUUUGGAGACAGAGUCAAAUUUUGGAUCACUUUAAACCAACCUUACUCUCUUGCAAGCAAAGGUUAUGGAGAUGGAUCGUAUCCGCCUGGACGGUGCACUGGCUGUGAAUUUGGAGGAGAUUCUGGAACCGAACCUUAUAUAGUUGGACAUAACCAACUUCUGGCUCAUGCAAAAGUUGUAGCAUUAUACAGAAAAAGAUAUCAGAAAUUACAAGGUGGUAAGAUAGGAACGACCUUGAUCGGGAGAUGGUUCACCCCAUUAAACGAAAAUAGCAUUCGCGACACGGCUGCUGCAAAGCGAGCAUUUGAUUUCUUCGUCGGAUGGUUUUUGGAUCCACUGGUCUAUGGAAGAUAUCCAAAGAUAAUGCGACAGAUGGUCGGAAAUAGAUUACCAAAAUUCACACCCCAAGAAUCAAAAUUAGUCAAAGGAUCACUUGAUUUUCUAGGGUUGAACUAUUACGUUACUCAAUAUGCGACCAACGCACCUCGUUCCACACAACCUAAUGUCAUAACCGAUGCAAGAGUUACUCUUGGAUAUUAUCGCAACAGAGUACCAAUUGGUGUUCAGGCGCCUAGCUUUGUCUACUACCCCCCAGGGAUCCGUCAGAUUCUAAAUUAUAUCAAAAACAAAUACGGAAACCCACUUACCUACAUUACUGAAAAUGGAGUUGCUGAUCUUGAUACCGGAAACUUAACGCUGCCAGAUGCUCUUGCUGAUAAUGGACGAAUUCAAAAUCACUGCAGCCAUCUUUCAUGUCUCAAAUGCUCUAUCGAUGAUGGAUGCAACGUAGCAGGGUAUUUUGCAUGGUCUUUGAUGGAUAACUACGAGUUCGGAAAUGGUUACACUCUCCGCUUUGGUAUGAAUUGGGUCAAUUUCACUAAUCCUGCUGAUCGAAGAGAAAAAGCUUCUGGCAAAUGGUUUUCUGAGUUCAUAAUCAAACAAUAAGAGGAAUCAAUAUAUUUAAACAAAUUAUCUGCAUCCAACCUAUUGAAUCUAAUAAUUACUCUACUCUAUGUAUUGUUUGUUUUAUUUUUAUUAUAAUUAAUUAAUAAAGCUUCGAUGA